GCGUUGGUGAUCGGUGUCCGUCCCGAAGAUGCGUUCCACUCCGGCAGCAUCAGUACCAGUUCCGCCGAGCUAAAACACCACAAACCGGGGAACGGAGGGGGAAUACGGUCGGUGUCUGCGGCUGUAGCGGCGCCGGAGCAUCUGAACCGGAGGAUGGGAGACCAGAAGGAGUCUCUGCGUAAGAUCACUCACACGCUGGCCGUGAAGAAUGAGGAGAUCUCCAACUUCAUCUGCACUCUCAAACAGAGCCUGGAGAACUUGGAGGCGAACUCCAACCGGGUGCAGGACGAUCUGCAGUCCGAAUUCGGCUCCCUCCACGCCGCUCUGGAUGAGAUGAAGGAGAACAUGCUGACGCGGAUCAAGCAGGAAAGAGCCAGCCGCACGUAUGAGCUGCAGAAUCAGCUGAGCGCCUGCUCCAAAGCGCUGGAGAGCUCGGAGGAGCUGCUGGAGCUGGCCAAUCAGACGCUGUGCUCCUCGGAGACGGACGGCUUCACCCAGGCGGCCAAAGACAUUAAGGAUAGCGUGACGAUGGCCCCGGCUUUCCGUCUCUCCCUGAAGGCGAAAGCCAGCGACAACAUGAGUCACCUGAUGGUGGACUUCAGCCAGGAGAGGGAGAUGCUGCAGGGGCUCAAGUUUCUCCCAGUUCCCGCCACUCCAGAGAUCCAGGUGUCAGAGUGCCAAGUGUGUGACAACACCAUCACUAUCGUCUGGACCCUACCGGAACCCGACAACAAGAUAGAGCACUACAUCCUGGAGCACCGCCGAACGAACCACGAGGGCCCGCCGCGUAUCAGAGAGGACUACCCCUGGAUGGUGGUGGAGGGGAUCCGGGAGACGGAGCACACGCUCACAGGCCUGCGCUUCGACACCCGCUACAUGACGUUCAGAGUGAGGGCGUGCAACAAGGCCGUGGCCGGGGAGUUCUCCGAGCCAGUCACCAUAGAAACCCACGCGUUCACCUUCAAACUGGACUCCAGCUCGGCGCACCAGAACCUGAAGGUGGACGACCUGAGCGUGGAGUGGGACAGCAGCGGAGGAAAGGUGCAGGAAAUCCGCAAAGAGAAGAACAGAACCAACUCCCCUCUGCACUCCCCCGCCAGGUUUGUGUCGGCGCUGAUGUCCCCCAAGAGAGCGCCGACAGCGCGGCCGGGCAGAGACAGGUUCACCGCGGAGUCCUACACCGUGCUGGCCGACACUAUGAUCGACGCUGGCCAGCAGUACUGGGAGGUGAAGCUGGACAAGGAGAGCAAGGCGUUCGCCGUGGGCAUCGCUCUGCGGAGCCUGGGCAGGUUCGACCAGCUGGGGAAGAGCAGCGCUUCCUGGUGCAUCCACCUGAACAACUGGCUGCAGCAGAGCCUCACCGCCAAGCACAACAACAAGGCGCGCACCCUGGACUGCCCCAUCCCGAACACUGUCGGAGUCUACGUCAACUACGACGAAGGUGUUCUGUCAUUUUACAACGCUAAAACCAAGCAGCUGAUGCACACUUUUAGAACAAAGUUCCUGCAACCCGUCAUUCCAGCUUUCAUGGUGUGGAAUGGGAGUUUCUCGGUGGUAACAGGCCUGCAGGUUCCCACUGUGGUCCAGAGCGGCCAGAGGAAGAACAGCGGCACCAGCAGCUCCAACGCCAGCCUCACCUAGACGCCGUCGCCGCCGCACUCGGCUCCAUCCGGCUUCAGUCACCGCUGCAGGUCGAAUCCUCUGCACCGACUGCAGGCGGAGACGCACACGUUUCUGUCUUGCAUGAUGGCAGACAUUAUAUACAUUUUUUUUUUUUUUUUUAGGGGAGCAAACAGGCGAGCUGUUCUCUGAGUGACAGAAUCUGCCGACUGGUCGCAACGCUUUGGACUCAUUAGGCCCAAAUACGAGUAGUUAAUGUCUCGUUGCACAUUCAUCCAGCUGCUAGGGCGGCGACUUUUAGCGCUGGCCGCUGCUUCCUCAGCUUCACCUGAACGGUCAGCCGUGUCGUCGGCUGCAGCUUCGUGGGUCAUGCUCCGUCCCUGUGCCUUCCUUCUCAGGCCGAACCAAACACGUGCAGCCCCCCUCUGUGUACCUGCUUGUUUUGUUUUAAAGUCCCACUCUGCGCCAGCUUCGGUAUGAUGAGGUUAUAACUUUGUUGACUCAUCAGUAAACCAGUCCGACUUAAACAAUGUCCAGCACUUAAGCUGCUCAGCAUUGAACUGGAUUAUUUAACUCUAUUGUGACGAGAUAUUUGACUUCUUGCCAAGGGAUGCUACUCAACGGUAUUUACAGUUACAAAUGAUAGUCAUAUGUUAUUUAAUGUAGGUCUUGAUCUUCCUGUUAAAACUUUCCGAUGCUAACAUUAAAGCUAUGCCAGGUCCGACCAUCUGAUGUCUCUGCUUUGUUUGCAGCAGAGAGACCGUCCUAUGUGUGUAGCACGCAGCAGUAUUUAAUCGUCUGUAACUCCUGUCUUAUUGGCACUCAAUGGAAAUCUGUGUGAAAAGCCUUUAAAAUAAGUCACCUGUCAAUGGCUUGUAAUAGACUCACUGAAAACCUGUUGCUAGAAUGUAAGCCUUCAUUCCCAAUAGGGCAAAACUUACUCGUCUUCAACAUUUCACAAUGUUGGAGCACAUAGAGGGAGAUCGUCUUGUAGAUCAGGGGUCUGAAACUCAAUUAUUUGGGUUCCUAUGACUUCUGGGUUGUGUUUUGGCUUCAACUCGGUUAAAUUUAGGCUUUUGAUGCAAACAUAUCGCACAAGGGAGGGGCACAGAGUUUGAAAGAUCAACCAAAGUCCCAAUGAGAGUCAACUUUUCUGGCUGCGGCAGCUAGAUUUUUCUUAAAAAUGUCUUGAUGUUUCAAAGACUUCAAGAGAAAGAGGCAUAAGAUGCUGUUCCACAUAUCAUUUUUGUUUUUCCUGAAAUAAACUGGAGAGUUGGUUUCUGAAAUCUUAUUCUCAUUUGACCAAAACGUUAACCUCACAUGUUUGUGAUGGUUUUCAAGCAAGACUCAUCUGGUUGGUGUGUAGAAAACUUCUUACAGUGAAAACUUGGUGACUACAAGUUACAGUACCAGUUGUUUUAAAAUAAUCGCUCCGACCGUAGAUACAGACAAGCAGCUGUUUACUUCCUAUUUAUCUAAGUGACGUGUUGAAGAGUGGCAAAGAGAAACGGAAUAAUCCUGUCAAUUAAAAUAAUAUCUAAAUAUUGUGAAAUGCUUCGAUUACAUUUAAUUUCUAGGAUUAGACAUUAAAUAGGACUGAAAAAUUCGGAUUAGAUUAAUUCAACCUUCCCUUUGAAUGUACUAAAAAGGAAAGUUUUGACUUUUCAAUGUAAAAAUAAGCUCCUCAAAUAAGAGAGCGACUUCAUUUAAAGACUUUUCACGCAGAGGUUACAAAUCAAAACGUGAUUCAGAACCCCGGGACGGACGCGUCUUCAGCUCUGUUCUGCGACAUCCAUGUUGUGCGUUUCGAAUGGUUGGUGUUCUAGUUCCUCUCUUCCUGAGUAAAUGUAGCCGGCUUUGCUUCACAGAACGACUCAUCCAACUGAGAGGUAACGACACUUUAUUUCACAUGCUGGCAGCAUAUCACAAUGUCUUGUAAAUAGUUUCAUUUUUCCACUAUAGUGUAUCAGUAAUUGAGGUAAUAAAUGAGUGAGAACGCUU